CGAAGAAUGGCCCUGCAUAAUGGGAAUGCAAUGGGAGGCAGUCCUUUCCCAACUUCACACAAACACAUGAAGUUCAAUAGCGCAGAGCCCGCUCUGCUGCAGCGGCAACGCGAGGACAUGCAGAUCGACGACCGCCUUGCUGCCAACCGCGUGAUGCAGGCACAUCAACGUCGCCUCGACUUUGUGCGUCCGAGCAAGCCAGACACGGCCAUGGACGCCCUGCGCAAGCUGUAUGCGCCGAUCAACGACCAGCCACAUGGCAGCCAGGCUCAAACCCAAGGGCAAAGCACGCAUCAUGCUCAUCAGCCACACAAGCCGCCCGCCGCGACAGCCACGGCGAAGCAGCAACAGCCACAUGCUGGCAAGGGCAUGGCAGGCUCGAACGGCGCUCCGGUGAACGGGCAUCUUAGCGCACCGAAACAGAACGGGAAACCGAACGGCGCAGCUCAGCCAGCUCGAGUCCAAUCGCCCGGGUCAGGUGCCAAAGCUGCUGCUGCUGCUGCUGCUGCUGCUCACACGACCACUGCCAGUACCACCACAAGUGCUACGACAAGCGCUGGCGGGCUGCCGUGGUGGUGGCCGUCGGACGGAAUCUCGCCGCCGGAUCAGCUCAAGACGCUCUUCCCGCCAGAGAUUGUGCUCAAACACCUCAAGUGGCACUCGACGUUCCCGAUUGGCUCGGGCCUGUCAAACAUGGGCAAUACCUGCUUCUUGAAUUCCGUGCUGCAGUGUCUGACGUACACCCCUCCGCUCGCAUCGUACGCGCUGUCUGGCGCUCACUCCCAAGCCUGCCGUCUCCCGGAAAUCUGCAUGUGCUGCGAACUCGAGCAGCACAUUCGCCGCGCGCUUGUGCAUCGUGGCAAUAUUGCGCCCAAGCCAAUCAUUCGACAACUUCGCAAAAUCGGCUCCUUCCGACUGGGUCACCAGGAGGAUGCGCACGAAUUCUUGCGCUGUCUGAUGGAAUCGGUCCAGCAAAGCAUCCUCAAGUCGUUCGGCGGUGAGAAGCGGAUUGCUCAUCGCGUGCAAGAGACAACCCUUGUGCAUCAGAUGCUUGGUGGCUAUUCGAACAGCCGCGUGCACUGCACCAACUGCAAAGCCAACUCGGACACCUACGAGGCCUUCCUCGACCUCAGCUUGGAUAUCGGCAACUGUGCCAGUGUGGCUGAUGCGUUGGCCAAGUACACUGUGAUUGAGCGUCUCGAAAAGAAUGCGUACAAUUGCGAAAAAUGCAAACGUAAAGUCACAGCAACAAAGCAAACAAGUAUUCACCGCGCUCCAAAUGUGCUCUCGCUUCACCUGAAGCGCUUUGACUUUCUCCGCUCCCACAAUGCCAAGAUCAACCGACCCAUCAGGUUUGACGAGGAGUUGGACCUGUCUCCCUUCAUGAGCAAGGGCUUGCCUCAACAAAACCUGCGGUACCGCUUGUAUGCAGUGCUGGUGCAUGCAGGCCAUUCGUGCCAUUCGGGCCACUACUACUGCUAUGUGCGCAAUUCCGACAACCAGUGGUACGAGAUGAACGACAGCCAUGUAUCAAGAACAAGCGUCAAUAAUGUGCUUCGGCAACAAGCAUACAUCCUGUUUUAUACUCGGGUAGAUGCUGCCAGCACAUUCAAGGCAUCUGCCGCUGCUCAAGCGACGGCAUCACAGCCAGCCCCUGCCACGCACGUCUCCAGCAAGGCGGCUGCGUCGCCAGCGUCGCCAGCGUCGCCAGCACCGACUACCGUCGCCUCGAACGCCGCGACCAGUCAAGCAGUAGCAGCUCCAAUGGAUACCGACAGUGGAGACGACUUGGGACGUCCGAUUGAUCGUUCCAAGAUCAAGCUUCAAAUCGCCGCUUCGACACCGGCGGCCUCCCCCAAACCGAAUGCUGAAAUUGUCCCUCUUCCGCAACGGCUGCCCAGUUGGCUCACCCAGCCAACACCGCCGGCGUCGCCAGGAUCGAAAAUGCCAGCGCUUGUCGCGCUCGAUAACAUUUUCGAGAUAGAAGAGUUUGCGCCUUCGCGCUCUCCUCCGCCUUCCGAAGAUCCCGCGCUUGCUGGCGAGCGCAACGACAUGGGGUGGAAUGUAUCAACGUCCGACGAGCAACUCGACAAGUUCUGGGUCGAAGCCAUCAAACAGCGUCGCGCCGAAGUCGGAAUCGAAGACUCAGACGCCGAGGAGGCGGAUGACGACGAAGCCGAUGACUUUUGGAGCCGUCUUCAACCCUUCCACUGCACUCCCAACCACUUGUGGACCGAAGAAGCUCAAGUAAAGCUCUUUGAAAAGCUAGAGCUCGAGUAUGUUGCUGCUCAACGUCAGUUGGAGCAGCUCCGUCGCCGUCAGGACGAUGACGACGAUUCGGACGACGAGGAUGAUGAGGAUGACGAAGAUUCGGACGACGAGGAUGAUGAAAAUGAUGAAGAAGAUGAAGACGAAGAAGACGAGGAAGACGAGGACGAUGAUGACGAAGAAGAAGAAGAGGACGACGACGAAAUCGGCGCCCCCUCUAUGCCAGCUCCCAAGAGUCAACCAAAGGCCACGACGCCCUUCCAAGGUGCAAGCGUGAUUGCAGCAGCAGCAGCAGCAGCUGUGCCAGCGGUCAAUCUUAACAAGCAACCCGCGACAACUGCUGAUCAGCCUCGCAACGGAACUUCUGCCAAGCGAGGUCUGUCUGAAAUGAUGGCUGUUGCCAAGGCACCCGCCACUUCCAACAAAGAUGAGAGCGAAGUCAGCGAGGAUGACGAGCCGGUUCACGUUGCCAAGAAGCCACACGCGCUCGAGUCGUCUGCCGCUCCCGCACCAGCCCGGGGCAUGUUGUCCGCGUCAGCGCCCAAACCCGCCAGCAAGCAGCUGCCACCCCAAGAUCUCUUGGAUCACUUGCACGAACGAUCGUUUGACCGCUUGGGACAGGAUGUGCGUACUUGGGGUGACACCCCUAAUAACACGGAUAACUCUAUUGGCUUUGGGAUGAAAAAGCGCAUGAAGUACAGCCAGAUGGAUCGCGAGAUUGACAAGGGUCGCGUCAAGAAGGUGAAGACGCACAAGCGUGAGCAAGAGCAAGAGCAGACCGAUCAGCCCGCAGUCAACCCGUUCCAAGCUCAGUUCGAAUUGAGCAAAUCCCACAAAGCUCAUGCAGCCCAGUCUGGUCGCCGCGUCGACGACGAUCACGGUAGCUCGCGAGGUGGCCGCGGAGGUCGUGGCGGCUUCCGUGCUGGCCGCGGUGGUGGUCGAGGAGGUGGCCGCGGUGGUCGUGGCGGUCGUGGCGGCGGUCGAGGUGGUGGCCGCGGAGGUCGAGGAGGUCGAGGAGGUCGAUCAUAAGCGCCUUUGGUUCUUCGCACGUCUCGUCGUGACUUGUUGUCGUGUGUAUUUUGAAGUCAUGUGGGGUUGGUUUGAAUCUUUGUGGUUUGAAAAAUGACUGUCUCCGCUGGUGAUGUUUUAUGAAAGUAAAAAUUGAUCUAUGCUGA